CCAAAGUUUUAGUGAUUGCGAGGGAAGUGAGGGAAGCAGUACCGGCAUGUAGUAGUUAACGUUACACCAUGGGUGUGUUCAAGUAUUCCAAGGUGGAUUGUAUCCUUACUUAUUUGGGCCUGGCCUUCCUGUUGUUGGACAUUGGCUUGGACGUUGGGGCUGCUGUGUCCUUCUACCAGGAAGAGGAAUACGUGAGCCUCGGCAUCUUGCUGCUUUUCCUCCUGGGCUCGUCUGCGCUCGUCCAAGUCUACAGCUGGCUGUGGUACACUUACGACAACUUCUACAGGGUGACAAAGGUUGAAAGCUCGCUCAGUCGCCCGCAACUCAAGCUCCUGCAUUUAUUCCAGCUGGGAACUUACUUCAGGCAUGCAGGUGUUGUGGAGAUCACGUCAUGCAGAUGCAUUACCAAGGUCCAGGACGCGGAGGGGGUUGCGGUGUACCUGACUCACGACCUCAGCAUGCUGCGUCUGAUUGAGACCUUUUCAGAGAGCGCGCCCCAACUUGUCCUCAUGCUGACCAUCAUACUGCGGCAGGGCCAGCUGGACCCCAUGACAGUGAUGAAGGCGGUGGGCUCGGCGUCCGCCAUCGCUCUCAGCGUGACCAUGUACCACCGCUCUCUCCGCUCCUUCCUGCCCGACAAACAAGAGCAGCGCUUCAUCUCGUCGCUCAUCUUCUUCACGUGGAAUCUUCUUCUCAUCUCGUCCCGGCUCAUCGCCCUCGCCCUCUUUGCUUCCGUCCUUCCCUGCUUCAUCUUCACGCACUUCGUUUGCUGCUGGCUGCUGCUGUUCUUCUCCGCCUGGCGCUCCAAGACCGACUUCAUGGAAAGCCCAAGAGGGGAGUGGCUCUACCGGGCCACUGUAGGCCUCAUUUGGUAUUUUAACUGGUUCUGUGUGGUGGAAGGGAGGACGAGAUACAAGACUUUGCUCUACCACAGCUUCAUCCUGGGUGAUAUGUUCCUCCUGUGCGGCCUGUGGUGCUGGAGGAUGCACUCGCGACCACCGUCUUUUAAAAUCCCCUUCCUGCACGCCAGCUUCACGUCUGUCGGCGUUGUCGCACUUUACAUACUCGGUCUUCUACUGAAAUUAAUCUACUACAAGUACCACCAUCCAAACCUGGACAAAGAGGGACUGAAAGGGGACGCCGCAAGCGCUGAAGAAAAGGCAGUCAUAGACGGCGGUCGUGAUGUUACCGUGUGUAGGCGCACGGCUGAAGACGUACCGGACGGAAGGACGCCACGAGCCGACGUCCAACUUUUCAAUAAGAGGAUGAGGAAGCUGGCGGAGAAUUUCUACUCCUGACACAAUCACUUGACAUGCACAUGGACGACAUGAAAGGUGCACACAGCGUGAGUCAUGUCCUGUAUGUCACGAUCACAAGGGGAACGCUUCUCCAAUCUCAGCGUCUUGACAUUCUUUGUUGCUCUAUUUAAAGCAGGGGUUCUCAAAUUACUCACUUUUAUUACAUAUUUAUAUAAAAUUUCGGAUUUGUAUAAUAUAUUACAUAGAUAUAUAUGUAUCUAUAUUUUUUUAAUGUAUUUUUUUAAUUGCCUUUGUCAUCUUUUGAAUCAUUAAUGCACAUAAUUACAUAUUCAAAGUGCAUUUUCUGACGUCAUCAAGGCAUUUCAUCAAGGAAAUGAGGAAGACCAUAACUGCUUGCAUACAAAUAGUGCAUAACUUAAAAUGAAAUUGUGCUGAAGAACACAAAAUCAGAUAUUUCACUCACAACUGUGCAAAACACCAAAGAGGAAGAUGACUAAAGCAUUGCACAACGUUACUACUACAAAAAAAAGUCAGACUUUGGUUGCAUAUUACAUAUCUUAAUAUCAUUUUUGUCAUUUUCCCAAUCCGCCAGUUGAGAAUCACUGAUUUAAAGGAUGCAUCGGUGUCAAAAUGUUCGUUGAAGAAGCUCUUAGGGCAGGGUUAUCCAAAGUGCAGCCCGGAGGCCGACGUCUUUUAUUACUGGUGUCCUGCAUUAAGAUGUAUUAUUGGAUAUUACACUACUACAAAUAUAACACAAAUAUCGACGCACAGUGCAUUGGAGUGGUUUUACCAUAUCGCAUCCUUCAAUUUUUUUCGUUUGCGGCCCUCCGCGGGAAAAGCUAGGACGCCCCAGUCUCAUGGUGUUGUAGCUGUCCUCCGUAAUGAGCACGCAUCGUGUGCAUGGUCCACACUUUAAGGGUGAGUGCAUGAAUGAAACCGAAGCUAGCCGAUCACUGUAAUACCAGCCUUUCAUUGACUUGAAAAUGUUCUGCCUUAAGAACACGUGCAGGGGCUAAUGAGUUCUGAUAAAUAAUUUGGAAAAAGGAAAGGAAUUGAAUUAAUUUAAGACUCCCUACCGACACCAUAAUGUGGUAACUGUAUCUUGUGGGAAAUAUUUGAAAGACCACUCAGUAUGAUGAUGCAAAAAGAAUGACAGUAUAUGCUAAAUGGAUAAAACCUCUGAUAGUUAUAAAUAUACAUGUCGUAGAACUGUUAAAAAAAAAACAAAAAAAAACGUGCCUAUUUGUAUAUCUGCAUUAAUAUAUUUAGCAACAAUUGUCUUCAUUGAAAAACAUUUUAUUAUAGCUGUUUACUGCAAGCAUAUUUAAUACAUUGAGAUAAUGUAUUAAUUAAACAAACAACCCUGUGUAUUGUAAGUCAAUGUAGAAACAAGCAAAGACACUAAAAACAGUGCCUUUUCAGUAUUAUAUUUAGAGUAUAUUGUUUUGUCGCGGUUUAAUGCAGUUGUAUUAUUCAUACAUUGAAAUAAAUGGAUACACUUGCUGUUCAUGUGUGUUGUAGUCAAUGAAGAAAUAAGAUGCUCCUAGUAAAAUACUCAUACAGUGGUGUGGAAAAGUGUCCCCUUCCUGAUUUCUUAUUCCUUUGCAUGUUUGUCACACUUCAGAUCAAACAAAUUUAAAUCUGAGUCAAUGACAACACAACUGAACACAAAAUGCAGUUUUUAAAUGAAACUUUUUAUUAUAAAGGGAGGGAAAAAAAAAAUCCAAAGCUACGUGGCCCUGUGUGAAAAAGUGAUUGCCCCCUAAACCUAAUAACUGGUUGGGCCACCCUUAGCAGCAACAACUGCAAUCAAGUGUUUGUGAUAACUUGCAGUGAGUCUCUUACAGCGCUGUGGGGGAACUUUGGCCCACUCAUCUUUGCAGAAUUGUUGUAAUUCAGCCACAUUGGAGGGUUUUCCAGCAUGAAGCGCCUUUUUAAGGUCAUGCCACAGCAUCUCAACAGUAUUCAGUUCAGGACUUUGACUAGGCCACUCCAAAGUCUUCAUUUUGUUUUUCUUCAGCCAUUCAGAGG